AUGGCAGCCGCGGAAUUAUGACAGGGGCCUCCACCCAGCUUGGCGGACUUUCGACUUGAAGCGGGAGGAAGGAACCAAGAAGUCAGUCGUGGGAGCGGCGAGCCCAGGGCUGCACCAAGAGGCCCCGAGAUGGCCAAGUUUCUUUCCCAGGACCAAAUUAACGAGUACAAGGAAUGCUUCUCCCUGUACGACAAGCAGCAGCGGGGGAAGAUAAAAGCCCCUGACCUCAUGGUGGUGAUGAGGUGCCUGGGGGCCAGCCCGACACCGGGGGAGGUACAGCGGCACUUGCAGACUCAUGGGAUAGACAGAAAUGGAGAGCUAGAUUUCUCCACUUUCCUGACCAUUAUGCACAUGCAAAUAAAACAAGAGGACCCAAAGAAAGAAAUUCUCUUGGCCAUGUUGAUGGCAGACAAGGAGAAGAAAGGCUACAUCAUGGCAUCCGAGCUGCGGUCAAAACUCAUGAAACUGGGCGAGAAGCUCACGCACAAGGAAGUGGAUGAUCUUUUCAAAGAAGCAAAUAUUGAACCAAAUGGCAAAGUGAAGUAUGAUGAAUUUAUCCACAAGAUCACCAUUCCUAUGCGGGACUACUGACUGAAGAGAAUGCAAGAGAGCCUCCCCUGGGUCUGAAAA